GGCAGUUCCUCUUUCCUUCCCAAGCUCUAAGGAGGCCCCAGCUCCCAAGGGGCUGAGAAGUUGGAACCUUGGCCAGCGGGGAGGAGUUGAGUCAACUCCUGCAAGCCCCCCCCUACCCCAUCCAGGGACCAUGAACAGGAAAGACAUGAAAAGGAAGUCCCACCAGGAAUGCUUCCGGAAGGCAGGGGGGCAGGACCGGCCUCAACAGGCCCGGCGCCACAAGACAUGCCCCAGCCCUGGGGAAAUCACGAAGGUCUUGGCUUCCAUGAAUCUCGGCGUGCUGGCUGAGACCAGCUGCAGCGAAGAUGAGCUCCUGGAGAAAUGCAUCCAAUCCUUCGACUCAACCGGUAGCCUGCGCCGCGGGGACCACAUUCUCAACAUGGUGCUGACCAUGCACAGCUGGGUGCUGUCUUCCACUGACCUUGCUGCCCGUUUGCUGACCUCGUACCAAAAGGCCACAAAGGACACACAGGAGCUGAGGCAGCUGCAAAUCUGUCACCUGGUCAGGUACUGGAUGACCCGACAUCCAGAGGCAGUGCACCAGGAUCCUCAGCUGGAAAAAGUUAUAGCACGUUUCUGGGCCACCGUGACCCAGGAGGGCAACUCGACUCAGAGGAGCCUAGGAGACACCUCUAACCUCCUGAGCCCUGGUGGCCCUGGCCCCCCACCUCCCAUGAGCAGCCCAAACCUGGGCAAAAAGUGCAAAGUAUCCUUGCUUUUCGACCACCUGAAGACAGACGAGCUGGCUGAGCACCUUACUUAUCUGGAGUUCCAGGCCUUUCAAGCUAUCACGCCCCAGGACCUGCGGGACUACGUUUUGCAGGGCUCGGUGCGGGGCUGCCCAGCCCUGGAGGCUUCCGUGGGUCUCAGCAACAGCGUGUCCCGCUGGGUGCAGGUCAUGGUGCUGAGCCGUCCCGGACCUGCACAACGUGCGCAGGUGCUGGACAAGUUCAUUCACGUGGCACAGAGGCUCCACCAGCUGCAGAAUUUCAACACACUGAUGGCAGUUACGGGGGGCCUGUGUCACAGUGCCAUCUCCAGACUGAAGGACUCCCAUGCCCACCUGAGCCCUGAAAGCACUAAGGCCCUGCUGGAGCUGACCAAACUCCUUGCCUCCCACAACAACUAUGUCUCCUACCGCCGCACCUGGGGUGGCUGCACAGGCUUCCGGUUGCCUGUGCUGGGUGUGCACCUCAAGGACCUGGUGUCCCUACAUGAGGCACAGCCUGACAGGUUGCCUGAUGGCCGCCUGCAUUUGUCCAAGCUGAAUAGUCUCUACCUGCGACUGCAAGAGCUGGCAGCCCUCCAGCAGCAGCAGCCCCCCUGCAGUGCCAGCAAGGACCUGCUGCAUCUGCUCACGCUCUCCCUAGAUCUCUUCUACACGGAGGACGAGAUCUACGAGCUCUCCUACACCCGCGAGCCCCGCUAUCCCAAGAGUCUGCCGCCUUCCCCCUUCAGAGAUCUUCUGGUGGUGGAGUGGGCCCCUGGUGUGACGCCCAGGCCAGACAGGGUUACCCUGGAACGGCACGUGGAGCAGCUGGUGGAGUCCGUGUUCAAGAACUAUGAUCCUGAAGGACGUGGCACCAUCUCUCAGGAGGACUUUGAACACCUCUCCGGCAACUUCCCCUUCGCUUGCCAUGGGCUUCACCCACCCCACAGCCUGGAGGGCGGCUCCUUUAGCAGAGAGGAGCUGACUGAAUACCUGCUCCGCGCCAGCAGCAUCUGCUCCAAGGUGGGCCUGGCUGUCCUGCACACCUUCCAUGAGGUCGCCUUCCGAAAGCCCGCCUUCUGUCACAGCUGCAGCGGCUUCCUCUGGGGUGUCACCAAGUAUGGCUACCGCUGUCGGGACUGUGGGCUGUGUUGCCACAAGCACUGUAGAGACCAAGUGAGGGCAGAGUGUAAGAAGAGGCCAGGGGCCAAAGGUGAUGCCGGACCCCCAGAGAUGCCCAUCCCACCCACACCAGCUCCCUCUGCCAGCUGUGGCUCAGAGGAAAAUUUCUCCUACACACUGUCCCUGGAACCUGAGACUAGAUGCCACCUUCACCAUGUUUGGACCCAGACAGAGCCCCCACACCCUUCCUGAGAACCAGAGAUGGUCCCCCUCCCAGUGACCACCCCACCGUGUAUCUCAUCCUCCAAGCUGGAAUCCUAGACAUCAUCUUGGGCUCCUCUCCCCAGUCCUGUCCUAGAACCUCCAAAGACAAACCUCCUACACACACACACUGCCUUUGAUGAAGCGGCCAUCACCUUACUCUGCAAAUGUUUUCUGCCUUUGCAUCACAGUGUCUACUAUGCAUACUCCCUUUUGCCAUACUUAGCAUCCAGUAGCUUCAUUUUGGGUAUGUGCAGAUUUAGGCAUCUCACCAAUGUCCUAAAUACCCACUGCACAGAGGAGGAGAUUAAGGCCUGGUGAAGUUAAACUGCUGGCCCGAGGUGGCAAGGCCCCAAGGGUGAGAAGAGGAUUCGAAUCCUGGUCCUCAGUUGGUGUGGUGGCACACUGCUGUAAUCCGCGCAUCCUGGAGGCUGAAGCAGGAAAACUGCUGCAAGUCUGAAGUCAUCCUGGCCUGUAGUGGGUUCAAGGCCAGCCUGAAUUAUAGUGAGAUCCUGCCUCAAGAAAACAAAAACAGAAAUCCUGAUUCUCUAGACUUGAAACUCUAGGCCAAUGUGCUCCAUGGAUGCUGGUGGAGGGCAGAAAGGGCAGGACUGGAGUGGACAGAGUUCUGAAAAGUGGGUCACUGAGACAGCAGAGAAAGCUGGGAAGGACCUGGAACUUGGAGCCUGUAAGCAUGAAUCGGGUCCCAUUCAACUUCUGCUCAGAACCCUCUAUAGCUCCUCUCAGUCAAGGGCACAGCCAGUCCUCACUGUAGUCCCCAAAGCACAUGAUCUACUGCCACGUCUCUGAUCUUGCCUCUUUGCCCUCUCACUCAUCCUGCUUCAGCAAUAUUGGCCUCAGUUGUCCUUGAAUACUACCCUCAAAUACUACCUCAGGACCUUUGCACCAACUUUCCCUCUGCUUGGAAUGUUCUCCCCAUGAGGCCCCUGAGCUCCCUGUCUGGCACUUUAAUGAUAUCCCCUUAGUGAGGCCUUCCUGACCGUACUCAAAGACAUGGUCCUCCCCCUACCAAUUCCAUGUUCUUGUUUUAUUUUUUCCAUAGUGCUUUUCUUCUCUGACAAACUAUAUAUUUCACCUGUUUAUCUUGUUCAGUGUCUUUCCCCUCACCAGGAAUGUCAGCUUUAGGUGAGUGAGGACUUUGAUCUGUAUCUUCAACUGCCAUAUCCCCAGUGCCUAGAACAGAGCUGGCCCAGGGUGAAAAGGUGAAAAGUCCUGUCCCGUAUCUGAGUACGUCCUUCCCUACACCUAGAGGGACAGAUCUGUUGCUGAAGAACCUAAGAGUUUGCAGAGUCAGAGGGGCAGAGACCCCCACCCCUCCACAAACUUAUGUACCUCUGACCUGGCUCCCACAGAAACAGGUCCUAUUGUCAUUGAAAAUUAAAUUUAUUUUCCAGAGAACAUGGCUCUGGUGUUGAGUAGUGGAUGGGUACACAACAUCUGGAGCCUUUGGAUUAGGGGAGAAGGGCUUGGAUGUCAGGUGCCAAGGAAAACCCUCAGACUGACUCCCCAAAGAUUACCAGUGCCAGCAGCAACUCACAGAUGCCCCUAACCGCCUUUACUUCUUCUUCUUCUUCUUCUUCUUCUUCUUCUUCUUCUGGCCCCAAUGUUGGUGGCCUGCCUUUCGCCCUCCAUCUUCUCUGCAGCUCUGCCAGGUGGGCAUGGGUGCCUCCAGCUCACUUGGGCGGCCUCCUCGGUCUGGCACAUCACCCAUAAGUACCUGAGAGUUGAUCAGACUUGAGUUUCAGAGAAAGAAAUGUAUCUUGGGUAAAGGGAACAGCUUGAGGCUGAAGAAAGAAAAGCAAACAUUGACUAUUUGCGCAUAGUAGGUGGACUGGUGGAAGAUGCAAGCAUGGAGCUGCUAAGGGCCUCGAGAGAAGGAAAGUAAAGGAAGGGUGGUGCAGAAGUUGAGAGUAGCUUGAUUUUCUGCUUCAUUUAUGGGCUUUAUACAACAUUUCUAGCAAAGUAGUGGUUUUUUUCUAGGUAUCCUUCAAUUUGUGCACCAAAGUUUAAGACUGCUUAGGCGAAGUAGGAGACUAGAUACUUUUAUCAUUAAAACAGAAAGUAUUUCUAGGGUU